AUGGCGGACUUUUCAGAAGCAGGCCCACAAGUAAUAGAAAUUUGUGAAGGAGGGAUUUCUCUAUACGGCAAAGACGGCAAUCGAUACGCAGUUCCAGUUCCCCAGCAGCUAGUCCAAGUUUUUUACAUCUCAGACGGAUUAAUAUUGAAAUGUAAAGCUGAAAAGAAAUUCCAUCAUUCUCAAGUCCUUGGCUCCGCUGCAAUUACAGCCCCUUUAUAUACUUAUUUAGUCUUAACCAAGCAUCCUUAUAGUGAUUUAUACCCUUUGGCAGAUAUCCAAAAAAAUUUGUGGGUGUCUACACACAUUGAUAUUGUUUAUACAAGUAAAAGGUUCCCAUUAUUUAUUGCUUAUGAUAGCUCUAUAAAUAGUCAUGCUAUUUAUCUGAUAAGGGUAAAUUUAUAUUUUUUCUAUAAGAAUUAGCUAUUUGGCUUAUUAUUUUAAAAAUUAUUAUAAUCAUAUAGAUAUAGUUUAGAGCUGCUUAAUAAAGAAACCAUUGAUAUGGCUUCUUUAGAUCCUAAUAAAAGAGACGAUUUUUUCAGCAAACAUGUAGGAAGUGAGCCUUUACUUGUAGUAGAAAAAAUUUAUGAAAUUUCUGAUAGCAUGUGUAGGUUUAGUCAUAUUGAUAUAGCGGUACCAACUGAUCCUCAAGAAAUGAUGAUUUAUUUACAAAGCCAAGAAAAAAUCAGAAUUUUAAGGUAUAGAUUGGAAAAUGAUAAAGGGUUUCCUUAUAACUGCAUUGAAGAAAUUUCUGCAAUAGAAAACGCUAUAGAGUUCAAAACUGUUAAAAGAAGCUGCUUUAUUUCUCACAAGCAGCCAAUAAAUACAGAAACCCCUACUUUAUCAUUCUUUUUAAGCCAAACCCAAGAAUUUUCGUCAUUUUUAUACGUCUACUCAAAAUCCCACGAAAUUCAUAUUUAUGAUGGCCAAUACCUCCUCUGCGUCUUAUCUCCUUCAGACAUCACCCUUUCCCCAUCAGAAAAUUCUCUGACCUCCUGCAUGACAAUCCCAAUCGAAAUAAACCAUUCCCUAAUAAAAAAAUGCAUGGGUGUUCUCUAUUUAAUCCUCCCUCCAUCUCUUUACCAAACCAUCCAAGCAGAUCUCAUUCAUAGGCUCCUCACAAGCAGGAUAAGGACUGAAAAUGACAAUUUUCCAGACAAAGGAAAAGACAAAUCUAACGAAUGAGCCUUAUUUUCAUCACUAAUUAUAAGCUUGCUAAAAGAAUCAAAAAAUAAAACUGACUCAAAAAGGCCAAGGCUUGCAUAUAGCAAUGAAGCUGCAGGAGAAAGUGACAGCUUGUGGGAUAAUUUAUUAAGUUCUAGAUUUCAUUUUGAAAAUAAACCACAUUUUAAGAAAAUAUUCCCUGAACAUUUUUCGGAAACUUUGAUAAGAGGGAAUGAAGGGAUUAGCCUUGAGCUUAAAACAUGCCCUAGUAUUCUAUUAUAAAUGAAUUUUAAAUAGAAAUUUUGUGAAAAAUAUAAGAUUUAAUUAAAUUUUUAUUGUAAAAUUUUAUUAGAAAAUAAUACUUUUACAAGGCAUAUUUUUACAAUUUUAAAAGCGUGGCAUUUAUUGUAUGAAGAUAUGAAGUUAGAUAUGUUUGAAAGGUCAGCUAUGGUAGAUUUAGGUGGCUUGAUUUAUGUGAUUUCAAGGCAAUUAGGAAAAUAUGGAACAAAUUUAGCUGAAUAUUAUUAUAGUGAAAUAAAAGAUACCAAAGAAAUGUAUAGAGAAAGUGGGGAAAACAUAGAAAAAUACCUAGAAGCAAAUGUCGAAAUCGAAGAUUUCGACCUUCCAAAUAUUUACUCCUGGCUUAAAUCUGUCUUAAAUAACCAAAAUCCUCCGCAAAUGCCAAUUCUCCUAGAGAAAACUCGCAAAAUCUGCCGAAUUUUUGAAUGUCUAUCAAUAUACCACCCGUUAACCUACAAUUUCAUAUCAAGCACUAAAGAAGACACAAACAUGGACUCCGAUUUGGCUCUUUCCCAGUCAUUCCCUAUCUUAACCUACAGCUUAAAUCCUUACUCCCCCUCAUCCUUGAUCGAACGACGGUGAGUCGUUCGAUCAAGGAUGGGGUAAAAAAAAUAUAUAUAUAUAUUGUUUUUAUUUACUUUUAAAUAAGAGUGUUAAGAGUAUUUAAUAAUUAUUUUUACAGCAAAAAAUUGAAUUAAUUUCAUAAAAAUACCAAUUUUUUAUAUGCUAAUUUAUUAGUUACCCCUUUAAAUUGUAUAAAUUUUAAUUUGUUCCUUAUUAAAUUAUUUAUUUUUUUUUUUAAAAUUUUAAAGAAUCUCUAUUUUAUUAGAUUAUUGAGUUUUUAAGCCUAGGCUGAUGACUAAAUCACUUCGAAUGGUUGAUUCCGAAGCUUUCUGUCGUCUCAAAGCUUCUGAAAACAACUUCAUUAUGUACAUCUUCCCAAGCUUUUGAUAACUAAUAUAUAUUUAUAUAUAUAUAAAAAUUUGCAUGAUAUGAAAAUCAUUCGAUCAAGGAUGGGGAUUUAAGAUUUAAGAUUACGAUAACACUUUGUCGACCCCCACUUAGCUUAGGAUCUGACAAUACAAGCUCAUCCUUCCUGAAUUCCAUCACUGGCUAACAGCUCUGAACAACGGUAGGUGGAAUCGGCCUAACCGUCGAACCGUUGCAGUAGCCUAUGACCUAGACGAGUCUCUCUUCCUCCCUUGAAGUUGAUUCAAGUACACCAGGAACUGCCGAAGCAGUUCCAGCGCCAAUAUCCUUCAGAAAGACUGAACUUCCCUCACUAGGAUGACCUUUAGGGGACAAUGACCCUAAUUCAUGCGCUCCAUUUUUAAUUGUGAGGAUGGGAUUAAUUUUGCCAAUUUUUAAGAAAUUUUACAGUCAAUCGUUCGAUCAAAGAUGGGGGGGAGUUACCAGAAGAAAAUAAUUUCCCUUAAUUCCUCUUCUCCUUUUGAAAAAAUCAUUGAAAUUUUGGUCAAUGAAAAUUUUACUGAGCUUAAUUUACAAAGUUUAUAAAUAAAAUGGCUUUCACUCAAGCGAAGUUAGCUCCGCUAACUUUCUCUCACUCAAGCAAUUUUAUUUAUGGGGUUGGGUUUUUACCUCGAGAACUUCUGCACAGCAACAGCAGUUUAACUUUGGGGAUAACCAGAGGAACUGCUCCUCAGUGCACUCAAGACCUUGAGUUUUUACCCCUCAGCACACCCGAAGGAAGGUGGACCCUCAGGCAGAACACGCGCAGGAGCUGAGUCGAAAUAAAGUCGUGGCGGCAGCGAAGCCCGUCGAAGCUGAAACGCCUUAUUUGUCCGUGCCCUGGUGAUAAAAAGGGAUCGAUCCAGAGGUUCACAGGCCUGACACGUGUACAAAUAUGGCGGCAGCUCUGGAGUUGGCUAACCCGUAGUGGACGUUAAGUGUUAUAAAUUCUAAGUUAAGUUAAGAUUUACAAAGUUUACCGCCUGCAUUUUCUCUUAUUAUAUAUGAAAUUAUUAGAAAAAUCCAAUUAAAUCCGCCAGCUAGCUCAAAUACGUGGCCAAAAGAAGCCCUGGAGUUUAUACAUAGGGUAGAUAUACAUUUAAAUAAUGAGCUGGUUGAAGAAAAACAUAUAACACUGAAAGGGCAGCCUUUUGAGGAACAAUAUGAACAGAUCCUUAAGCUAGAGCUAGACAAAGAAGAAGACUUGGGGAGUGGUCUUGUAGAAUAUAGUAAUCUAAAUUAAAAAAUAAUGAUAAAAUUUCUAUAAUUUUUAUAGUAAAUCCAAUAAAAAUUCGGUAUAUAUUUUUCCGAAUGAUUUGAGACUUGAAGAAGCCCAAUGCAUGCUUGAUGUAACAAGAGCUAUAAAAAUGAGACUCCCCGACAAUGUCGUCUCUGAAGAACAAUUUGAAGCUGAAAAGCACAACUUACUCUACAAAAUCUGCUUAAAAAGAGCUUCUACCGCUAUUGGAUAUGGCGCACUCACUUUAGGGACCUCCAAAGCUUCCCCUACCUCUGCGUCCCAAGUCCCUCAAAUUAAUUUUUCCGCCUUUUUGCCUCCGAAUUUUGACGUAAAAAUGAAUAUGCCUCAAAAUGAGCUAGAAACCCGAGAAAAAGAUUUUAUGGUUUGGCCGAAAUUUCAUAUAGGUGUAGCAACUGGUCUAAAAAUGCUUUCAGAAAAUCCUAAAGAUUAUGUAAAAAAUCGGCAAUGGAUUACUUAUCAUAGAGGAGAAGAAGAAUCUAAUGAGCAUGCUGGGUUUAUUUUUUCCCUUGGACUAUUAGGGCAGCUAGAAGCUCUGCAUGACCUAGACAUUUACCGUUAUUUAAGAGCUGAACAAGAAUCAAUUAUUUUUUUUAAUUUUUUUAUUAAUUUUAAUGCCAAAUUUUAGAAUUUUUUUUUAAAAAUCAAUUAUUAUUGCAAUUUAUUUAGGAACAGCUGCCUCUGCAUUAGGCUCAAUGGACGAAAAAAUAAUGAGGCUUCUAAGGAUUUCUAUAGCCUUUUUAAUCCCUCCUGGUCAAGUAUAGGUAGCAACUCCACACCCCCACCCCCCUUUCACAGAUGGCACCCCCACCCCCCCUCUCGGGUUUAUUCUAUAGAAGUAAUUGAUAGGAAAUAAGCAAAAUAAAUUAAAUAUAACCCAAUUAAAACACUAUAUUGAUAAAUUAAGUCCACAAAUUACUUUAUAUUUAUGAUUAAUUAGAAAAUAUAUUAAAUUUGUUUUUUAUAUUUAUAAAUAUAAUGCCAAAGACACAGAUAAUGGCAUUAAUUAUUAAAUGAGCCAAGCACAACACAAUAACUUGCAUUAAAUUUAUUGAUUCAUGCAUUAAAGCUAAUCUAAUGUCCAUUGUGCAAGGAUUGCAGGACUGAAUUGGUAACAGGAUUCAAUAGUGGUAAUAAAAAUAGCAUUUGCUAUUGUCAGUUUUACUUUUGGAUCUCUAAUUCGACUUUUAGCCAUUGUUCCACAAAGUUCAUAAAUAUAUGCAGGAUAUAUUGCUAAUUAAUACCUUAAACUUAAACUUAAACUUAAACUUACAGGGUGGCGUCUGCCUUAUUGGUUACGCAGUCACCAAGGACCUACCCAUACGGGUGGUUCAUCCGCUUUGCGCCGUCUUCAGCUUCGCCUUGAUUGAAUUGGGACAAUGAUUUGCUGGGCGAAUUUCAGCUCUGACACCGUCUUUCUUCUCCUUCAGCGCCUGACGCCAUGGCACUUCUGAAGUGUGGGGUUCUGCUUCGUACGUCUCCUCCUUCCCUUUCGGGUCCAGUUUUGAGUGGGCGGACUAUGGACUUCUGCGGCUGCUGCAUGAGUCACGAGGUUGGCCAACCAAAAAUUCCAAAAAAUGGAAUUUCUGUUCAACCUUUCGGCAAAUGGAAAAAUCUGGAUCCCGGGACGUAACACCCGGUUUCACGCUAGGCAGUUGCCCGAUCGCUCUGGGUAUUACCUGCAGAGUCAGCUGGGCUUGCCCUUUCCAAAUCCAAACCUUCCUUUCCCUCGAGGUAAAACCCACCUUGAAAUUGGACUGAGGGCUAGGCUCUGUACAUUACCAGAAUUGCUUACCUAGCAUUGCUGUCCAUUUCUGGAUUGUUAAAACCUUGCCGGAGCUAAUUAAUACCAAAGAUCAUUAUUAUGCUUGCUAACAAAUUUUCAUAUGUGGUGUGCUUAGUAGUUAUAGGAAAUUCUCACCUCAUUCCACCUACUCCUUAAUCGAUUGUGCUACGCUAUGUGGAUAUUGUAUAAAUCAGUAAUUUUGAACAUUUAAAAUAAUAAUUUAUUUAUGACGUCUGCUCUAAAUUAGCAUUUGACAUAUAUUUAUGCUAUAUAAGGGGGGUGGGGGUGCCAUUUUUUUAGGGGGGUGGGGGUACCGUUAAAAAGGGGGGGUGGGGUUGUGGGGUUGCGACCUAUGCUUGACACCCUCCUUUUGUAGAUAUUGAUAUAAAACUUACACAAGAGGCUGCAUCUAUGAUGGGAUUUGGGCUAUUAUAUAAAGAAUCAGGAAAUCGCCAGGUAACUGAAAUGCUGCUGGUACAGCUGGGCAGAAAAGCAUUGACUAAUAAAGACAUUGAAAGAGAAGGGCUAUCAUUGGCUGCAGGUUUGGCUUUAGGAAUCGUAAAUUUGGCUUCUGAAGGGAAAACACCUGGUCUUGAAGAUUUGGUAAUUGAUGAAAGACUUAUUAGACUUUUUGAAGGAGGAAGAAGAAUGGCGCCUCCUAAAAUUUUGCAGACUGGCUAUCUUAUGAGUGAGUCUGCUAAAUGUAGUGUCGCAAAAGAAGGCGAUAAUAUUGUUACUACGAUCACAGCGCCUGGAGCAUUGCUGGCAUAUGCCCUGAUACACUUGAAGUCAAAUAAUGCAUUAGUUGCAGAAAAAAUUGAAAUUCCGACAACAUUUUAUGCACUGGAGUGGGUUAGGCCAGAACACGUUAUGAUCAAAAUUUUAGCUAAAAAUUUAAUUUUAUGGGACUCUAUACAAGCUACAAAAGACUGAAUUUAUUCUCAAAUUCCGGAAAUAAUCAGAUUUUGCUUUGAAAAUGACCUAAAAACAGUCCAAAAUUCGUUCCAAGAGCGAGGAGAAAUCGAUUUUAACGCUAUUUCCAAUUCUUAUCUUUAUAUAAUUGGAGGUGCCUUGCUUUCUCUUGGCUUUAAAUAUGUGGGAAGUGGAGAUACUACGGUUGCAGCCUUGAUUUCUGAUGAAAUUUUGAAAAUUAAAGACUUAAAAGCGACAGUUUUAGGAGGACCAGUAGAUUUUACAGACCAAAAUAAGAACUCCGUAGAGAAACAUGCGUUAUUUACUGUCAUUUGUGCAGGAGCUUUAGCAUUAGGAUUGGUAAUGGCUGGGACUGGGGAUUUGUCGACGUUCAAAAUCAUAAAAUUGAUUAGAAAACGUGUGGAAGGAGACUAUGGGUUUAAUAUGGCUCAUCAUAUGGCAGUUGGGUUUUUAUUUAUGGGAAAUUGCCAAUAUUCGUUUUCUAGCUCAAAUUUUGCAAUAGCUGCAUUACUAGCUUCAAUUUAUCCAAAAUUCCCAGCGACUUCUGCAGAUAACAGACACCAUUUGCAAGCAUUUCGACACCUUUAUGUACUUGCUUUAGAAAAAAGGCUAUUAGUCACCAAAGAUGCUGACACAAAAAUCCUUGCCCAUGUCCCUAUAGAAGUCGAGUAUUCUGAUAUAGGCACAAGGACAGAAAAUUCCCCAUUUUUAUUAAGGCCUUUAAAUCUUGUCAAACAGCUAAAAGUUGUAGGGAAAGAUUAUUAUAAUUACAACUUAGACAUCAAAGCAAUUCCAAAGCUAGUUUUAUAUACAAAAAGGCAGAUAGCUGCACAUGAGCUAGAAAGUGGAGCUUGGAAUUGGCUUAAAAAGCUAGGGACUGCAAGCCCUGAAGAAAUAGAAAACUGGAUUGGGAGUGCGAGUACUCCAGAGAAGUUUAUUGAAACCCAAGAAAUUAUAAUUCCUCAGUUUUUAGAUCAACAAGACAGAAUUAAGAAAAACACGAUCUUAUUCAAACUCCUGCAAUUUUGUAUCUCCCAAAACAAGCCAGAGCUGAUUUCACAGUUGUUUUCUAUAUUUUAUUCUCAAAACAACGAUUUUGAAUGUGUCCUUGCAUUUUACAAAAAAUUAGCAAUAGAUUACCAAGACUCCUCUUAUAGCGCUCUACAAGAAUUCAUAUCUUCAGCAUUAUUAAGCCAAUCUUUUUAA